AUGCGCUCCCCCUCUCUUGACUCCAGGAAGUCGGGCUAUAUCACGAUAGGAUACCGCGGCUCGUACACCAUUGGCAGAGACAUCCAAACCGACGCCAAAUUCAGAAGAGUGGCGCGAAUCACGGUUUUUUUUUUUCGGGAGACGUCCCUGGCCAAAGAAGUGUUUGGGGACACACUAAACGAGAGCAGAGACCCGGACCGCCCACCCUGAGAGAUACACAUCUUCGAUACUAUCCUGAAGUAUAAUUUUCUAGAGCAAGCAUUUGACAAGCUGACAGAGUCGGGCUUCCACAUGGUGGCCUGCAGCUCCACAGGCACCUGUGCCUACACCAGCAAUGAUCCAAACGAAGACAAAAUCUGGACAAGCUACACCGAAUAUGUCUUCUGCCGGGAAUAACUCACAAUAAACUAAUAAUGUAAUGUUGAUGUAGACAUCUGAAGAUCU